CCUCCCUUUAUCUAUAUGAUCAAUUUAUUGGACCGCUGUCCAGGGCUUCAGGGACCGGUGUUGGGGUGCGGCCUCCUUUGAAGUCGGCACACCAAACAUCGACGAUGGAGAAGGAAGUGGCGACGGUGGAGAAGGGCGCGCUCUGCUGCAGCUGGAACUACUGCGGGCAGAGGCUAGCGGUCGGCUUCGUCGACGGCUCCAUCUCCAUCCACGACUCCCUGGACGACUCCUCCUCUUCUUGUUCCUCCAAAUGGAAGGCGCAUGCGAGCAGCAUUAAGAAUAUUGUUUGGCUUCCUCCAGAAUUUGGUGAUGCUAUUGCUUGCAUUUCUGCUGAUGCUUCAUUGUCUUUGUGGGAGGAAGUAGAAGACGAUACUCAACCUCUUAAAUGGAAGAUGUGCAAGACCUUUGAAAGCAGCAAUGCUAUUGUACUUGACCUUCAAUUUGGCGUAUAUUCAACAAGUUUGAAGAUGGUUGCAGCAUAUUCAGAUGGACAUGUGAAGGUGUAUGAGCUCUUGGACCCUUUGGAAUUAAACAAGUGGCAACUUCAGGCAGAGUUUCAGAAUGUGAUUGAUUCAGUUUCAAGAUUUGGAAAGCCAUCGUGUGCGAACGUAUCCAUUGCAUGGAAUCCACGCAGGGGUGAAAGCCAGCAGUCAAGUUUCGUCCUGGGAUUUAAUUCAGAUCUGCCUCAAUUCAAUUCCUCUAAGAUUUGGGAGUUUGAAGAGGCUCAUCAGCGUUGGCUGCCAGUUGCAGAGCUGGCUUUACCAGGUGACAAGGGCGAUAGGGUACAUGCUGUAGCUUGGGCUCCUAACAUUGGCAGACCUUACGAAGUUAUAGCUGUUGCAACUUGCAAGGGGAUUGCAAUAUGGCAUGUAGGAUUGAAUCCUGAGUCUGAUGGGAGACUCUCAAAGGAGAAGGUUGCCUUACUAUCUGGCCAUGACGGCGAGGUAUGGCAAUUGGAGUGGGAUAAUCUAUCUGUCUAUUUUCUUUUUUUGUGGUUUCCAUUGUAGGUAUGGCAAUUGGAGUGGGAUAUGAGUGGUAUGACGUUAGCAUCGACAGGAGCUGAUGGCAUGGUUAGGCUAUGGCAGUGUAAUUUAAAUGGUGUAUGGCAUGAACAGGCAGCUCUUGAAUGCAACGGGAUGCAGCAAUAGGAAGACCAGUCAGGCUAUUCGCUGUCUUGCUGUACUUUAUUUCUCUCGAACGUCGCCUACUUUGAUUAAGAUAGAAAAGCUGCAGCCUUCUUGCAUAAUGGUCGCAACUGUAUGGUCCUAUGUAUCACUUGCAUCUAAACCCCAUUCUUCCGAGAGGUGAUGUGCCGAUGUAACUUAGUAGCGGAAGGUAUGUUUCAUUUAAAUUUUGGGUUACUUUCUCUUGUCAAAAGAAAGGGGAAAAAACACAAAUCAGUUGCUUGAGUUUUCGAAAUGUUGCCAUGUGGGAGAUGAAACAUAGUGCGUAUAACAGGUUCUUGAAGCUUCUGGAUGCCAGGCUUCAUAUUUGUGCAAAUCGUUGUUUUAUAAAUUA